AGGCAGGUUAGCCAGCAAAUGGGAGGUGAUUUAACUAAGAGAAUCCAAUUCCUAGAAAAUGGCAUAUGCCACAACAUGCAUGAGUCUUGAUGCGUGACGUUAUGAUCCAAGUCCUUAUCUAACUUCCAAUUUGUAUCUUCCUGGAAUUUGUCCAUCAUCUCCAACUCUAAGGUACCGCUGCCUUUUGUUUUUAUCUUCUGCUUUCUGCUGUAAAUGUUUGCUGUUUCUUCAUAGUCAAGGUGAUCUUAAAUCAUAAAAAGCUGGUGGGUUAAUCUGGAUUCAGAUUCUGAUGAUUUGGUAUCAGAUUCAUCUCAACAGGGUAUGGACACAACCAAAUUCGUCCUGAUCUUAGCAUCUCAAGGGGUUGACUUCCUUCUAGCUCCUGAAGGAAAGGUGCCACUGACAAGGUUAGAUGGGAGGAGAGUCUGCUUAUUUUUCUCUGCAAACUGGUGCAGGCCCUGCAGAACUUUUGUUCCCCAACUGGUGCAGCUCUAUGAAUCACUGAGAACAAAGGGCAAAGAGCUAGAGAUUGUGUUUGUUUCCUUUGAUCAAGAUGAAAAUAGAUUCAACCAACACUUCCAUUGUAUGCCAUGGCUUGCUGUUCCAUUCAAUGAAACCUUGCUUAAAAAUUUGAGGGACAGUUAUCAAGUUGAUCGCAUCCCCUCACUCAUUCCAUUAAGUUCAGAUGGAAUACCUGUCGAAGAAGACUUGAUUGGGUUAAUAGAAGACUAUGGUGCUGAAGCAUAUCCCUUCACUUGGAAGAGGAGAGAAGAACUGAAGGCAGCAGAUGAUGCUAAGCGUAGAGGAGUAAAACUAGAAGAACUUUUGUCUCAUGAAGACCGGGAUUAUGUUGUUUCUAGGGAUAGUGGAAAGGUACCAAUAUCCCAACUUGUUGGUAAGACAAUAGGACUCUACUUUGGCGCACACUGGUGCCCUCCUUGCCGCACCUUCACUUUACAGCUUGUGGAAGCUUACAACGAGCUCAUUUCCAACGGAGCACAAUCUUUUGAAGUGAUUUUAGUUUCCACAGACAGAGACCAAAAAGAAUUUGAUCUGAAUUUAAGCAGCAUGCCAUGGCUAGCAAUCCCAUUUGAGGACAGAACGCGGCAGGACCUCUGCAGGAUCUUCAACAUCAAAGCCAUUCCAGAGUUAGCCCUGAUUGGACCGGAUGGAAAAACAAUUACCACAAAGGGAAAGAACAUGAUCUCCCUCUACGGUGCAAAGUCUUUCCCCUUCACUGAAUCAAGAAUUGCAGAGAUAGAAACGAGCCUGAAAAAGGAAGGAGACGCAUUGCCCCAACAGGUUAAGGAUACAAAACACGAACACACGCUUAAAUUGGACAUGGCAAAAGCAUACUUGUGUGAUAGUUGCAAGAAACAAGGAAGGUUUUGGGCUUUCUCAUGUGACCUGUGUGACUACGAUCUUCAUCCCUCAUGCCUUGAACUCAAAGAAACAUGAGUCCACUGUAUCUAUAUCUUACUGCUGAAUUCUAAAUAUAGCAAUCACAUUAUUUAGAUUUUCAAUACUAGACACAAAUGGAGAAGAUGAUACUGUAUUAUCCGUGAUACAAGGGCGGACUUAGCCUAAAUAAGAAUGUUUGUGUGGU